UAGGGGGUUAUCCGCAGAAAGCCCGAAAGUAUCAUGACCCUAACCUUUCACCCACUACGCACAUUCUUCAUCCCGUCCUCAUCCUCAACCUCCAGUCCUACUAAAACCAAAGUAUGUCCUCCUCCUACGACCGCCUCUCCGAGAUCAGAGCCUUCGACGAGACCGAAGCAGGCGUCAAAGGCCUUGUCGAUGCAGGCGUCACAACCAUCCCUCGCUUCUUCUAUGACUCCAUCAGCGACAAAACUACCAAUCCAAACUCACAGAUUUCAAUCCCCAUAAUAGACUUACAGUCCAAAGAACUUGAUAUCAUCGACGAGGUCAAGAAGGCAGCAGAGACAUUCGGGUUCUUUCAGGUGGUUAACCACGGAGUACCGCAAGAAGUGAUGGAGGGGAUGAUAGAGGGAGGGAAGAGGUUCCAUGAGGAGGAGAAUGAAGUGAAGAGGAUGUAUUACACCAGAGAUUUGAGUAAGUUUAAGGUGACGUAUAAUAGUAACUUUGAUCUUUACCACGCGCCUGCGGCGAAUUGGAGAGAUACCUUGUCCUGUAUUAUAGCACCUGAUGGUCCUGCACCGGAUGAACUGCCGCUUGCCUGCAGGCAAAUAACCUUCAAAUACACACAACAUAUCCAAAAACUGGGCAAAAUUUUGUUUGAGUUAAUAUCGGAGGCAUUGGGGCUAAAGCGAGACUAUUUGAAACAAAUUGAAUGUGCUAGAGGUCUUGUCCAUGCAGUCCAUUAUUACCCACCGUGCCCAGAACCACAUCUAACUCUGGGAGUCAGCAAGCAUUCUGAUCCAAGCUUUUUAACUGUUGUUCUACAAGACCACAUAGGUGGUCUGCAAGUGCUGCAUCAAGACCAGUGGGUUGAUGUAUCUCCAGUGCCUGGAGCUCUGCUUGUCAAUGUCGGCGAUCUGUUACAGCUGGUCUCUAAUGACAAGUUCAAAAGCGCUGAGCAUAGAGUACUUGCUAACGAGGUUGGGCCUAGAAUUUCAGUUGCAUCCUUUUUUACUACAUUUUUAUCCUCCUCUUCAAGGCUCUAUGGCCCUAUAAAGGAGUUUUUAUCAGCCGAAAAUCCUCCUCUAUAUCGAGAGACUACAGUGAAAGAGUUUGCCACACAAUACUACUCCAAAGGAUUGGAUGGACAGUCAGCAUUGACCUAUUUCAAAUUAUGAUUACCCUUUAUUUGUGCAUAUAUAUGUGGUGUAUGCAAAUAAAGAUAUACUAUUUUACCUGGGUUGGUUGAAUGUAAGCAAACUUUAUAGCUGGAGUAAUGGAUGGAUGUUGAGAUGACUGAAUAUCUACCUAUAUGUGUGAGCCCUAAAUUUACCGAAUCUUUGUCAAGUUAAGAACUCAUGCCACGUUGAUGCUAAAGAAAUGGAAAAAAUAAAACCUAAAACAAUGCUACUUCAUCGUGAUUGCUUCAGUUGGAUGGUGUCUUUUGCAUAAAAGUAAAAUGAAAGUGUGAAAAUGACCCGCUUUCA